AUGGAUGCCCAGUAUCCUUUCGCCUCCCGGGACGAUAUUUGGCGCGUCUUUGAAGAGCUAAAGGAUCUUCAAAUCUCUCAUAUUGCGCAAGGCGAACGACUCGCUCAGUUGGAGCGCCGGCGAGACGAGGAUGCACGUAUGAGAAGCCCCUGGGGUCCGACGUCGCCUUUUCCGAGCUCGGUAGGCACAGCAGCUCCAGACUCUGCCUUUCACUCUCCCCCCGACGCAUUCAAAGGGUUUGACCAAGCUCACCACUCCGCCAUGCCUACCUCGGCGGUGGCCUUCGACGUGGAGGAGGAGCCUCGGCGUGGCACCUCUCGUGCUAACAGCGUUCGCUUCGAUGAGAGCGCCAUUCACGGGUAUGGCCAGGCUAAUCGCUCCAGCAAUGAAUUGCCUCCCCGGACUGGCAGUGGUCUAAGCAGCCAUCCACUUCUCGAGCGGACAGCUUCUCACCAGUCCGACGGUGGUCACUCUCACCAUUCUGCGCGGACUAACAGCCUGCGUCUGAACACUGGCCGUCUGGGCGGAUUUACCUCUCUCGAUUCCCCGUUGAUUCCCCCGCCUGGACUCUUCUUGCUUGGUCCUGUGCCUUCUAUCAUUCGCUGCUGGAUAAGUGACGACUUCACUAAUGCCUCUUUGCUUUACGCCGCAGUUUGCUCUGGCUCUUACGUCUCAUACUUGAGCUUUGCAUUGAUCCGCAACCUUGGGAUGGAGGAUAUGAUCACUCACGAGGAAGAUGUUUCGUUGAUCAAGCUCCCGGUUUACCUCCCCGAGGCCCUCAUCCAUCAAGCUUCCUCGCGCCCCGGUACUCCUAUUCACCAGGUCCCUGCUGUGACUGUCCGUUUCGUCGUUCGCCAGGUUGAACCCAUCGACGACACCAUUCAGAUCAUCAUUGGAAGUGACGUGUUGCGCGCCCACAAUGCCGAUAUCCGGUUCUCACUUGACAAGUUGAUUAUGGUGGAUGAUGACCGCAACCGCGUUUCUGUCCCCCUCGUGCGUCCCGAGAAGGACUCCGUCUUCAAAACUCUGUGCACUUCUCCCAGUACCUGCACCCAGGAUCAGCUAGGAAGCCACACUAAUGGACAUGCCGCUCCCGGUGUCAUUCGCCCCCCUCCUGGCCUUCCCCAAAUUCCAGCCUCCGCUUCUUUCUCUGCUAGACUACCAGUCAGCGAAGAUGGCGAUGCUCAGAAGUCACGGAUCCAGGGUGAAUACGGCGACGAGUCCACUCAGGCCGGAGCACGCGGGACUGCAGCCAGCACCCAGACUCCCGCAGCCCCCAGGACGGAUAACAUGCCCCCCUGGACUUCCUGGAGACGCGAGACAAAGAAGGCAUCCAAGGUGCCUGAUAAGCGUGAGAUGAAAGUCUUCCGAACAGUCAAAUCCAACGUCCGCGCACACCCCUCCGCCCCUAGCAGCACUACAGGCGAAAUUACCGAAAGGCCGCAGGCCCACGUCGCUAACCAGUCCACCUCCUCCGACAAAGAUGCCCUCAACCCAGUUGGGGGUGCCUCGGCGUUUGGAUGGCUCAACCCCACCCAGCGCGGCCCAGCCUAG